GACGCAGCUCCGUAGUGAGGCUGCGUGUAGGCUCGGCUUCCGGCGGCGGCCUUCGGCGACCAGGGCCCUGUGCGCUGCUAACCUUCGGGCUCUUGCCGCGCUCCUCGGCGUCCGGCGACGGCCCGUUCGCUGCGCCGGCCCGGCGGCUGCGGUCCCUGCGCGUGCGAGCCAAGGCCCCGCGGCCAUGAGCGGCAAAGAAGGACCAGGAGGGUUCAGGAAGAGGAAGCAUGACAACUUCCCACAUACCCAGAGGAGGGAAGGGAAGGAUGUCAGUUCGUCUUCGCCGGUGAUGUUGGCCUUCAAAUCAUUUCAGCAGGAGUUGGACGCGAGGCAUGACAAAUAUGAGAGACUUGUGAAGCUGAGCAGGGAUAUUACUGUGGAAAGUAAGAGGACGAUUUUUCUUCUCCACAGGAUUACAAGUGCUCCUGAUAUGGAGGAGAUCCUGACGGAAUCAGAAACUAAGCUGGAUGGCGUCAGGCAGAAAAUUCUCCAGGUAGCCCAGGAGCUCUCGGGCGAAGAUAUGCACCAAUUUCACCGUGCUGUCACGACAGGACUGCAGGAGUAUGUGGAGGCCGUGUCUUUUCAACACUUCAUCAAGGCUCGCUCACUCAUCAGUGUGGAGGAGAUUAACAGGCAGCUGACGUUCACAACGGAAGACAGUGGGGCGGACAGCAACACUCCCUCCUCUGAGGACCAGAAGCUUGUCACGUGGAGCCUGAAGAUCACGCCUGUGGAUUACCUGCUGGGGGUGGCCGACCUCACCGGGGAGUUGAUGCGCAUGUGCAUCAACAGCGUGGGCAACGGGGACAUCGACACCCCCUUUGAAGUGAGCCAGUUCUUACGCCAGGUCUACGAUGGGUUCUCUUUCAUUGGCAACACCGGGCCCUAUGAGGUUUCCAAGAAGCUGUACACCCUGAAACAGAGCCUGGCCAAAGUGGAGAACGCGUGCUAUGCCCUCAAAGUGCGGGGCUCAGAGAUCCCGAAGCACAUGCUGGCAGAUGUGUUUUCGGUUAAAACAGAGAUGAUUGAUCAGGAAGAGAGCAUUUCUUAGGCACCCCGCUCUGCUGUCUAAGCAGCAACUGGGAGACAGUUGGUGAGACUGAGUGUGCAUUUGACUCUGUUGUGGCUUUUGUAGAUGUUUACAGUUGUACCAGUGUGAAGUCGUUUACAGCUGUAUAUAAGUUUGUCCACAGGAGUGUUUCCUGCACUCAUGAGCGUUUCCAUACAGUGUUUGUGUAUGUGCUUAUUCCUGGUGUUUGCUGUAGUGUUAUGUGAACAUGCUUCCGCUUGCACUUUCUGCCACACCCACUUUAAUCCACUUUGAACUUGGAGUGACAGGUUUUCAGUGGAAGGAAUCCUAAGUGGGUGAUUCUGAGCAUGGAGAAAAAUGCAGUGAAACUUGUGCAGUGAGCUUCCUGUCGGGACCCUGUUGGCAGGGUCAUGGCAAGCUUUAAAGUAGGGCUAGUGUGUGGGACGAGUUAACAUGUAAGCUGCCAGUCUCUUCUUAACUAUGAGUUUUGGUGAUAUUAUAAUGAGAGUUCAUGAAAAUCGUGGUCAAGUUUAGGCCAUUUUGAAUUUAUACGAAACAGCUUUCCAGAAGAAUUGAUGGCUGUCCAGAUGUCUCCAGUUUUCUUUUCUCACAAAUGUGGGAAGUUGGAGCCGAUGCCGUUGUUUCUCGCUGGUGAUGCUGAGUAAUUAUACCUGUGUGUAAGGAGUGAGCAGGCAGGCCCCUUGUCACGGGUGAGAGCUUUCCUCACCUAGCCCCUCUUACAGCAGAACAGCUCAGUGGCUGGAGUGCUGACGACCCAAACCUUUGUGUCUGUCCCUUGGAGUUAGCCAGUGAUGUUGCCAAAGAAAACGAAAUCUGUGUAAUUCAGCAAUAAGACAAUUGCCAACCCAGAGGAGGCCUCGUCGGUGGUCACUGGCCCCUGCGGUUUGGAGUCACUGCCAGCCGCUCGGCUCCUCUGUGGUGGGAAACUGGCUUGAGCCUGGCUGCCAGCACCACACGCUUUCACCUAGUUCUCUGCGAGUUCUCGGAACCUCGAUGCUGGGUUUAUUUUUGGAAAGAGUAUCUAUUUGUAAGGGCUGGUUCUUUGAAAGUGUAAUUUUCCAAAAUUAUUACCGAAAGGAAAAUAAAAUGUGUCCAUGCCUGGUAAGUUAGAUUUGUUUGUCUUGGUGAUGGUGGGGCUUUGCCUUUCCUGUAAGAUAGACCGCCCAGUUAGUCAGUGCCAUUACCUGUUCUCUUCGUUUGUUCAGCUACUUCAAGUUGAAUUUAUAAUGUUAAAAUAAUGGAUUGAAGAAUGUUUUACAGAAAUUUAAAGCAAGUUUUGAAUAAAAUAUUAAAAUCCAGAAGCUCA